GUAAUAAAAUGGUGCCCUACGGGGCCAAAGUUAAUAUUUUCUCUUUCAUUAUUUUCUGAGUUAGAGUUAAGAAAUGAUGAAAUGUGUUUGGUGUUUUUAUGUUAUUAUCAAAGGAUUUUGGGUUUGAAAGAUUUGUAACACAGACCAGGCUCGUUUGCCAAGGUCGUAUCCAUGCCUCCCCUUAUCCAACCAGAAGAGAGAAGAGACCAUAUCAUCAACGUAUCUGUCUCGUCUCCUCCGGAGAAGGACGAGGACUGUGUGGUUGCGGCCAAGUUCCUUGGAGACUCGGAAUGGACCCACAUCAAAGCCCCUAUGGAAUUGAAAAUGUCAUCUGUCAUGUAUUCGGACAGAGACCGGGUGUUUUACCUGAACACUCUCCUGAGUGGUGGGUCGGGUGUGGCCGAAUCCGGCUCCCCGCUGGUGAAAUACCACCAGAGACUGCCCUGUCACGGCUCGCCCGGCGUGCCCAAGUCCGAUAUCAACAAAUUCAUCCUGCACAUGGUGGAAUCACCUUGCGGCGAGUCCUUCAUCAUUUGGUGGUUCUUGGGCGACAAGUCAGAAGGUUACAAGACCAAGCGGUUGAUGGUGUUCAGGGAAGACAAGGAUCAAGGGAAGGGGUGUUACACGGAAGACAAAGGGGACCUCUGCAUUUUCCUCGGACCUAGGACCGAUCACUUCUGUGUACGGGCGAGCAUGUACCCCGGCCUUGUCCCCAAUUCCAUCUACUUUGUAGGCUUUCACCACUCGGGCGUCGACGACUUGGCCUCCCGCUCCAUCCGCCUCCAUGACCACAUCACCUCUCAUCCUCGGCUCGCAUUCUGGCUUGCCCCCCUCCAGUCAUCUGUCUAACUCUAGAUCCUCUCGUGUUGUGCUAAUUUACCUUAAUCUAUCCUCUUCGGUUCUGUCUCUAUUUUACUCUUAACGUUUGCUAGACCUUUUUAACUAA